AGGCGGGCUCUGCGGGAUGAAGCGGCUCUCAGAGACAGAGACACCGUCUGCCGGUGUCCAUGCUGUGAGCCCACCCCCCCACGCCUCCGAUGACACCGCUCAGAUCAUGGCAGUGGGCGAGGCUCCACGCAGGGCGGAGUGAUGAGGAGCGACGGCCAUGAGGGACGAUGCGCUGGGCAGGGGAGCGCGGCGGCGCCGCUGCCCGUCUUCCUGUUCCCCGGCGAGCUGGUGUUCCACUCGGACCAGAGGAGCUCCCACCGCAGGGUCCUGACGCUCUACAACCCCUACGGCUUCACGAUCCGCUUCAAGACCUGGUGCACGGCCCCCUCCCUAUACAGGGUGGUGGAGGCUGAAGGCAGCGUCGCCGCCAAGUCCUGCGUAGACCUGGUGGUGCGUCACCUCGACGUCUCCCCUCACAACUGGGGCCGCAGGGACCGGUUCCGCAUGGAGGUCAGAGGAGGGGGCCAGGUGGGAGAACGGGAGAUCUGGGCGGAGCUGAGAGAGGGCGACGGGGGAGAGGAAGGAGAAGAAGAGAGGAGGAGCAGACAACGAGGAGGAGGAGUGGAGAGGCAGAAGAAGCUACCUGCUUUCAGUCCUCUGUCUCCUCUGCUGGUGCCGACGCAGACGCGCCUGCGGCUUCCUACCUGUCCAGCUGUCAGCAGUGUGUAUCAGUGGGUGUUGUGUGUGUUGUUGGCAGUGCUGUGUGUUGCAGUGUUGAUGCUCCCCCUCCACACUGACAGCAGCUCCGUGGUUCCACGCUGCCUCCACGUCUCCACCAACCAGAAGCUGGUCUGUGCCUACACUCUAGGUCUUCUCACCAUGGUGUUGCUCCGCUAACGAGGCAGCGCAGCUGUCUGUUACCGCGGCAACCACACACCCGACUCCCCGGACCCGCCUCAUCGUCCUCGUGAACUCUCUCACACACACGAAUGUAGGCUGACAGCUGAUUGACUGAAGAACUUUUUUCAGACUGGAAGCAGACGAAUGUGAGAAGCUCCUGAUCAGAUUAAAGACAUGCAGAUCCAGCGUGUGUGUGCUCGGCUUUGUUCCAGCUCCUCCUACUCCUUCUGCUGCCGUCUGGUCAGAAACGGGACCCUUUCAGGGUGUAGAGGUUAAAAAGCAUCAGGC